AUUUUUAAAGUGAAAAUAAAUUUACUAUUUAAUAUUCCUACUUCUGUACCGUGUCUGCCCUCUCUAUUCACCGGCCGAUUCGUAGUCUCCUGCGGAAUCCUUUCCGAACCAAGACGAUCGCCGCCGCCGUUCUCUGAGUGCCGCCCACGGCGACGAUUAGCUUAGUGGGCUGCGAGGGUGGCAUCAAGCAUGAAGAUGAGUCUUCCCAUUUGGUCAUCACCAAAACUAACUCCGAUAUCUCUUUUUACAAGAAGGAAUGCUUUGAGGACUACUUGCUCCAUCCCUGAAUCAAUGAAGAAGAAGGUCAUUGUAAUCUCUGGUCCUACGGGAGCAGGAAAGAGUAGGCUUGCGCUGGAGCUUGCGAAGAGGCUGGACGGAGAGAUUAUUAGUGCUGAUUCCGUGCAAGUGUAUCGCGGACUCGAUGUGGGAUCUGCUAAGCCUUCAGCUUCUGAGAGAAAUGAGGUGCCUCAUCACUUGCUUGACAUCUUGCACCCUUAUGAAGAUUAUUCUGCAGGGCAGUUCUUUGAGGAUGCUAGAAAAGCAACACAAUCUGUUCUGGAGAAAGGCCGAGUGCCGAUUGUUACUGGGGGAACUGGAUUAUACUUAAGAUGGUAUUUGUAUGGAAAGCCUGAUGUCCCAAAGGCGUCAUCGGAGAUAACUUCCAAAGUAUUUUCAGAGCUCACGGAGUUGCAGAAGAACAAGCAAUGGGAUGCAGCUGUGGAUUUGGUUGUUAAGGCUGGCGACCCCAAAGCUCAGUUUUUUUCUACCAACAACUGGUAUCGAUUACGACGUAGCCUUGAAAUUAUCAGAUCAUCUGGAUCGCCUCCUUCAGCCUUUAGUGUACCCUACGAUUCAUUUCGUCAGGGAAUUGACCCAAGUUUAACGGACACUUCAGUUGCUAAUCACUCUUACGAUGAGAACAACAGUCAUCAUCAUCCAAACAAUAUGGACUACGACUUCAUUUGUCUCUUCCUUACAGUUCAAAGAGUUGAUCUCUACAGGGCUAUUGACUUGAGGUGUGAAAAUAUGCUCAUGGAAACUGAAGGACUACUCUCAGAAGCAUCGUGGCUUCUUGACAUUGGUCUUCGUCCCGACAUGAACUCUGCAACCCGGUCAAUUGGAUACAGGCAUGCCAUGGAAUAUCUCUUAAGCUGUAGGGUACAAGGAGGAAGUUCUACCGAAGACUUGUAUGCUUUUUUGUCUCAAUUUCAAAAGGCAUCUCGAAAUUUUGCAAAGAGGCAGAUAACUUGGUUUAGGAAUGAACAAAUCUACCAUUGGCUUGAUGCUUCGAAACCAUUCGAAGAAAUUACUGAUUUUAUUUGCAGUGCAUACCACACUGAAACAAGGAGAUUGGCUGUGCCUCAGUCACUUCAAAUGAAGAAAGAAAUCACUCAGAGAAGGGAAGCCUAUGAAUUGAAGUCCUAUCAAGCACAAGUGAAGCUGUUUUCUCAUGAUGAAGAUUGUAAUCAUGUUCUGGAUUGGAUAAGGAGUACCCAGCAUCAGCCAGCCAUGGCUGUCUGAAAUAUGGAUGCUAUAAAGUUUUACUUUAUCUAUCAGCAAAUUUAGAGUUGUUAAGAGAGGUUAUUUUUUUCUAAAUAAACUUGGUGUUUGCAUUUCCACUGAUUAUUGAAAGGUUUCAUCCUUCAAAA